CGACGUAGUUUGUGUGUUGUUGACAGACAGCGAGCUUGAGACGGAACAGUUCGUAGUCUUUGGCUGCUGCUUGUUUUGGUGUCACGGACUGGCCAAAGGCCCAGUGACCCACAUUCUUAUCUAAUGCUGCGUGUUAGCUUAGCUUCAGGAGCUGCGGACUGACACACAUUCAGAACACAAGACUGUUGCGGCAGAGUUCAACCCUCGCUGCUGUAUCUUGUCAAGUCGUUUUUUUAAACCGCGGAAUUACACCGACGUGCUUUAUAAUGGACGAAUAAGAGUUGACAUUGUUUUUUGUAUGUCGCAGUAAGUGUGACAUUUUAUUUUAAGAGCUGCUGUUUGUUUGUUUGGGAAUUAUCGUGAGCGCACAGGCUGGCGUUAGCCGUGUAGCAAUCAGUGCUCGAUUUGCCGGCCGGCAUCACUGAGCGACGCCGGCAUUCAAGCGUUUGUCACCGCACUGCUGACUGGAGUUCAGGUGACUUCACGGACUUGACAACCUCAGUCAUCUUCUGUUUUUGUGGCUCCUGAUUUUUUUUUCCCACGCCUGCUGCUUUUUUUAAGGAUUCAGAUGUUGCUGCCAUGUGCCACACUCGCUCCCAAAGCAGAGGAAAAGCUCAUCUCAAACACCUUUUGAUCAAGGAUACAUUUUGGGAUUGUCCUCCUGGACAAGAGGACCACUGGUCCAGGUUUUUCCACUCAUCCAGAAGACUGUUCAUCCUCACACAGGACUGACUGUAGUGUCACACAGGUUCAACAAAUGUCUACCUCACGACUGAAAGAGACCUCUGCAACAUUUUGACCUGAAACGGGAUACAAAAUGACCUCCAGCAUUGACAGAGAUGACGGCAGCAUCUUUGAUGAGUUAAUGGAUGCAGAAGUAAAGGACAAAGCCAAACGUAUGUCCCGGAAUAAGUCGGAGAAGAAACGAAGAGAUCAGUUUAAUGUCCUCAUCAAGGAACUGGGCACCAUGUUGCCGGGCAAUACACGAAAAAUGGACAAAUCCACAAUUUUGCAGAAGAGCAUCGACUUUCUGCACAAACACAAGGAAAUUGCUGCUCAGUCAGAGUCCACGGAGAUCAGACAAGACUGGAAGCCCCCCUUUCUUACAAAUGAAGAGUUCACUCAGCUGAUGCUGGAGGCUUUGGAUGGGUUUUUCCUCGCGAUCAUGACUGAUGGAAAUAUUAUUUAUGUUUCUGAGAAUGUGACGUCUCUACUUGAACAUUUACCUUCCGACCUUGUUGAUCAAAACCUGUUGAACUUCCUGCCUGUGGGGGAGCAGUCUGAUGUGUACAAGGCCUUGUCCUCUCACAUCAUGGAGGGAGAGACAAUCACACCUGAAUAUCUGAAGACAAAGAAUCAGCUUGAGUUCUAUUGCCACAUGCUCCGAGGGACCAUUGACCCUAAAGAGCCCCCUGUGUACGAAUAUGUCAAGUUCAUUGGAAACUUCAAGUCCCUGAAUAAUGUGCCUAAUUGUACCCGAAACGGUUUUGAAGGAGUAAUACAGCAAUCACUUCACUCUGCUUUUGAAGAGAGAGUGUGUCUCAUAGCAACUGUAAGGCUUGCCAAACCACAGUUCAUUAAGGAGAUGUGCACUGUAGAAGAGCCAAACGAGGAGUUCACCUCCAGACAUAGUUUAGAGUGGAAAUUUCUGUUCCUGGACCACAGAGCUCCGCCCAUCAUAGGUUACCUUCCAUUUGAAGUCCUGGGCACAUCAGGCUAUGACUACUACCAUGUAGAUGAUCUGGAGACACUGGCCAAAUGCCACGAACACUUAAUGCAAUAUGGCAAAGGAAAGUCCUGCUACUACAGAUUUCUUACCAAAGGUCAGCAGUGGAUUUGGCUUCAGACCCACUACUACAUUACGUACCAUCAGUGGAAUUCCAGACCAGAGUUUAUUGUUUGCACACACAUGGUUGUAAGUUAUGCAGAGGUGAGAGCGGAACAGCGCAGAGAACUUGGAAUUGAGGAACUACCACCAGAGAUUCCAGGAGAUAAGUCCCAGGAUUCAGGCUCCGAGUCCCAGCUCAACACAUCCAGUCUGAAGGACGUUCUCGAUCGCUUUGACAACAGCCGGACGCCGUCUGCCUCGUCUCGCAGCUCACGUAAAUCCUCACACACAGCUGUGUCUGACCCGGCCUCAUCACAGAUGAAGCUCCAGGGAGAACGGAGUACACCAGGUCGCCAAUCUGUCUCUGCUGUGGAGAUGACAUCACAAAGAAGGUCAUCUAUCAGCAGUCAGUCGAUGAGCUCUCAAAAUACUGGCCAAAACAUCACUUCAUCCAUGGUCUGUCAACAACAGCACCAACUACAGCAGCAGCAGCACCAACUACAGCAACAGCAGCAUCAACUACAGCAGCAGCAGCACCAACUACAACAGCAUCAACAAGUUCAGAAUCCUGGACAAUCAAUGGGGCAGUACUCCACCCAGUUAGAAGCCAUGCAGCACUUAAAAGACCAGCUAGAGCAGAGGACCAGAAUGAUCGAGGCAAACAUCCAACGGCAGCAGGAUGAGCUGCGGCAGAUUCAAGAGGAGCUGCAGAGAGUACAGGGACAGAGCCUGCAGAUGUUCCUGCAGAAAGGAAAUGAAGAACUUAAUCUUAAUUCUACCCAGAUGGGCCAUGGGAAUGCUGUGCAGCAAGGAGGGACUCUCAACAUGCAGGGCCAGGUCAGGUCUGCAGGACCUUUGCAGAACAGCAUAAAGCAACAGCAUGCUGUUCAGCCCCAAUCCCAACAACAAGCACUCCUAGAACAGAGCACAGCACUUUCUCAGUCUCAGCGCUUAUCUCUCAAUAUGCAGCCUCAACAAAAUUCACUGCCUGUGUCCCUCUACAACACCAUGAUGAUCCCCCAGCAGAGUUCUGCUAACGUGGUUCAGAUUGCAACCAGUUUAGGACAGAAUACUGGACACAACACGUCUGCAGUGGCCACUUAUUCCCAGGACGGUGCUGCUCAGAUUCGGUUUCCUGCUGCUCCUCAGCUGCUGACAAAGCUGGUGACGGGGCAGAUGGCGUGUGGGGCAGUCAUGGUCCCCACCACCAUGUUUAUGGGUCAAGUAGUAACAGCCUUUGCUCAUCAGCAGGGCCAGACCCAGAACAUUUCCCAGCAGUCACAACAUCAGCACCAACAUCAUCAACAGCAACAGCAGCAGCAGGAGCAGCAGGUACAGCCACAGUCCCAGAUGACAGCCAUGCAGCCUGGGCAAGCUCCUCUGGGCCAGCAGCAAACACAGUUCCUACAGGCUCCUCGUGUUCUACAUGGAAACCAAUCCACACAGCUAAUCCUGCAGGCAGCCUUCCCACUGCAGCAGCAGGGUUCCUUUGGUGCCACCACCCAACAGCAGCAGCAGCAGCAGCAGCAGCAACAACAACAGCAGCAGCAACAGCAGCAACAAUUACAGCAGCAACAACAACAUUUGCAACAACAACAUCAGAAACAGUUACAACAACAACAGAAACGGCAACUCCAGCAACAGCAACUGGCCUCUCACAGAACUGACAGUCUGUCUGAGCGCUCUGUGACGCAGCCACAGUAGUCAGCAACAGGCAGACGGAGGCAGAGCAGGACAGACCCAGGGUUUGGGCGGGGUAGUUUGUUUUUUUGUGAGGGUGGUUCUCAGAGUGUGCUGAGACCAUGUCACAGCUGACUUCUCCCUCCUCACAACUCAAUUUGCUGUUUGCACUGAACUCCUGGAGCUCAGAGUGAUGACGUGUAUCAGGACUAGACUCACUUUGGCUCUGGGUUGAAGCCUUUUUUCCAAAAACAGGGAACCAUGUGAAGGACUUCUCCAUCCAUCUGUUCGUGUUUUAAGUGUGUGUAUGUAUGUAUGUAUGCUUGUGUAUGUGUGUGUGAGUGUUUUGUUUUUGUGCACUUCAGUCACCCUCGCAGGAUUAUUUUAUGCAGAGAUCAUCAGUUGGUGCACUGAGGUCUGAGCUUCAGAGACACCCUUCAGAACAGCCAAAGGCUUGUUUGUUUUUAACGGAUUCUCCAGGCCGUGAUUCUGUUUAAAAAUAAUUUGGAGUCAGAAAAUAUUUUUAAGAAUGUGGUGUAGAUUGAACUUUUGAUGUAAAGAACGCGUUGUGUAAUAUAUAUAUAAUGUAAAUAUAUUGAAAAAGGAAGAAAUAAUAUUUUAUAUGAUGCACGGGAUUAAAUGCAUAGUCUGUUUUUACAGCUUUGAAUAUGUGUUUUUUCUAGAAAUAUGACAAAAAAUGAGAUCCUUUAAUUCAUAGUGAUUGAUAUUUUCUCAGACUUUCUCCAAUGGGAUGUGUUUGUGCGUCUGCAUAGCAGACUCGUUAAUGUUGCUUGUCGUCUAGCACUUUGUUUAUUCCAUGUCUAAAGAUUUCAUAGAAUUUCACAAGACUGUCAACAAUCAGACAUGUUUUGUAAUGUUUUGUGCUUACAUACUGUAUGCACACUUAAGGCUAUACAUUCAGCUCAGCUCACAUAUUGUGAAUGGAAUAAAUACUACCAGGUGAAGCUCCAAAUGCAACAUUUAUUUUUUUCUUCUUGAAACUUCCGUGCAUGAUGAUGGUGUACAACACAACUUUGUUGACGAAGUCUACUGAGAAAACAUUCAAACCUUUAUUUAGAACAAAACUAAAUACAAAGUCCACUAUGAUGAUAAAGACAAUAGAGAUAAAGAGUAGACUACACUAUGUCUAUAUAAUAUAAUACAAUGGA